GUGGGCCUCCCCGCUCUCGAAGAGGGGGAGCUGCAAGGAGACAGAGGCCGGGGGGCGCAGUUCACGGAUUCCGUGGCAGCGCGGAGGCCACGGCCGAACUUUCUCCAUGAGGAGGGGUAGAAGAUGCCGGCUUUGCCCGUGCUGCUGCUGCUGCUGAUUCUCGGCUUCGCCCACAAGAGCCUAGAGGUGCUGUCAUCUCUGCGCAUGGCUGCCAUUUUGGACGACCAGACAGUGUGCGGCCGGGGGGAGCGACUGGCCUUAGCCUUAGCACGCGAGCACAUCAACAGCAUCAUUGAGGUGCCUGCCAAAGCCCGAGUUGAGGUGGAGAUCUUCGAACUGCAGCGGGACAGCCAGUACGAGACCACCGACACCAUGUGUCAGAUCCUGCCCAAAGGCGUAGUUUCUGUCCUGGGCCCAGCCUCCAGUCCGGCCUCUGCUUCCAUUGUUAGCCACAUCUGCGGGGAAAAAGAGAUCCCCCACGUGAAGGUGGGUCCCGAGGAGACCCCCAAGCUGCAGUACUUGCGCUUCGCCUCCGUCAGCCUCUACCCCAGCAACGAGGACGUCAGCCUGGCCGUAUCCCGUAUUCUCAAGUCCUUCAACUACCCCUCAGCUAGCCUCAUCUGCGCCAAGGCUGAGUGCCUGCUGCGAUUGGAGGAGCUCGUGCGUCAGUUUCUCAUCUCCAAGGAGACGCUGUCCAUCCGGAUGCUCGAUGACACCAACGACCCGACGCCGCUGCUCAAGGAGAUCCGGGACGACAAAAUCUCCACCAUCAUCAUCGACGCCAAUGCUUCCAUCUCUUAUCUCAUCCUUAAGAAGGCUUCAGAGCUGGGGAUGACAACUGCGUUCUACAAGUACAUCCUGACCACUAUGGAUUUCCCAAUCUUGCACCUGGAUGAGAUUGUGGAUGAGCACUCCAACGUCCUGGGCUUUUCCAUGUUUAACACCAGCCAUCCUUUCUACAUGGAGUUUGUCCGCAGCCUCAACAUGUCGUGGCGGGAGAACUGUGAGCUCAGCCCUUACCCGGGGCCUGCGCUGUCAGCGGCACUGAUGUUCGAUGCGGUACAUGUGGUGGUGAGUGCUGUGCGAGAGCUGAACCGCAGCCAGGAAAUCGGGGUCAAACCCCUGGCCUGCACCUCGUCUAACAUCUGGCAGCAUGGGACCAGCCUCAUGAACUACCUGCGCAUGGUAGAGUAUGACGGGCUGACAGGGCGCGUAGAGUUCAACAGCAAGGGCCAGAGAACCAAUUAUACCUUGCGCAUCCUGGAAAAAGCCCGCCAUGGGCACCGGGAGAUCGGGGUGUGGUACUCCAACCGGACUCUUGCCAUGAACGCCACAACGCUGGACAUCAACAUCUCAGAGAGCCUUGCCAACAAGAAUCUGACAGUCACCACUAUCUUAGAGAACCCGUAUGUGAUGCGUCGUGCAAACUUCCAGGAGCUGUCCGGCACAGAGCAGUACGAGGGCUUCUGCGUAGACAUGCUCCAUGAACUCGCCGACAUCCUUAAAUUUCGCUUCCAGAUUAAGCUGGUGGAAGAUGGGCUCUAUGGGGCUCCCGAGCCAAAUGGAUCUUGGACUGGCAUGGUGGGAGAGCUCAUUAAUAGGAAAGCUGACCUGGCCGUGGCUGCGUUCACCAUCACGGCUGAGCGGGAGAAGGUCAUCGACUUCUCCAAGCCUUUUAUGACCCUGGGGAUCAGCAUCUUGUACCGGGUUCACAUGGGACGCAAACCAGGGUAUUUCUCCUUCCUGGAUCCUUUCUCCCCGGCUGUUUGGCUUUUCAUGCUCCUGGCUUAUCUUGCUGUCAGCUGCGUCCUCUUCCUAGCUGCCAGGCUGAGCCCUUAUGAAUGGUACAACCCCCACCCUUGCCUGCGCGAGCGACACAACAUAUUGGAAAACCAGUACACACUUGGCAACAGCCUCUGGUUCCCAGUUGGCGGCUUCAUGCAACAGGGGUCAGAGAUCAUGCCCCGGGCCCUCUCUACCCGCUGUGUCAGUGGGGUCUGGUGGGCUUUCACCUUGAUCAUCAUCUCCUCUUACACGGCCAACCUUGCUGCCUUCCUCACUGUGCAGAGGAUGGAGGUGCCCAUUGAGUCGGCGGACGACUUGGCUGACCAGACCAACAUUGAAUAUGGCACCAUCCACGCGGGCUCCACAAUGACCUUCUUCCAAAAUUCUCGGUACCAGACGUACCAGCGGAUGUGGAAUUACAUGCAUUCAAAGCAACCUAGUGUCUUUGUAAAGAGCACAGAGGAGGGGAUUGCCCGGGUGCUGAAUUCGAAGUAUGCCUUCUUGCUCGAGAGCACGAUGAACGAGUAUCACCGGAGGCUCAACUGCAACCUCACACAAAUUGGGGGCUUGUUGGAUACCAAGGGCUAUGGCAUCGGCAUGCCACUGGGCUCCCCGUUCCGGGAUGAGAUCACCCUCGCCAUCCUGCAGCUUCAGGAGAACAACCGCUUGGAGAUCUUGAAACGCAAAUGGUGGGAGGGAAGCAAGUGUCCAAAAGAAGAGGACCACCGGGCGAAAGGGCUGGGGAUGGAGAACAUUGGAGGCAUCUUUGUGGUGCUCAUCUGCGGGCUCAUCAUUGCAGUCUUCGUUGCUGUCAUGGAAUUUGUAUGGGCCACGCGUCGCUCAGCUGAACAUGAAGAGAUCUCGGUGUGCCAGGAGAUGCUGCGAGAGCUGCGCCACGCUGUUUCUUGCCGCAAGCCGACCCGCUCCCGCCGGCGCCGGCGCCACUAUGCCACCCGAGGCGCCCUGUCACUGCGCUCCGUCCGAGAGAUGCGCCUCAGCAAUGGCAAGCUCUACUCGGGGACUCUGGUGUCUGAGCCGGGGCCGCAGCGCCUCCUGGAGGAGACUCCCCGGCCUUGCACCCACGUCCGCAUCUGCCACGAGUGCCGGCGCAUCCAGACUCUUCGGGGAGCCCCCCCGCCGCCUAGGGGGCCCCCGCCUUCUGAGGAGGGCACUCCGCGCCGGGGAGCCCCCCGCGAACUCAGCGGACAGGAGUGA